AUGUCAGAAUCUUUUGUGUUGCACGAAGAACUGUUGAAAUUGCAAGAAAAAGAUUAUUUCAUACAUAAUGAAGUUCAAAUUACUGAUAUAAAUGAAAGUGACCUUGAGGGGUUGCUUAAUGAUAUAGUUGAGAAAAUAGCGGUCUCCUCUUCCGUAGUCACCGAGCCCGAGAUAUUUGAUGUAUUACGUUCGAAUUUCAAUAGACUGAAACCUUCAGUAAUGAGUCGAAUUCUAGAUACGAUUAUAUCUGGGCUUCAAUCAGAAAUCGAAAAUACUUCAAGAGAUAUAGAUGCAAAUGAUGAGGAAACUUUUCCAAGUCGCCGAGAAUCUUUGGAAAUGUACGCGUUUUUGUUAGGUUGGAUAAUUAACUUGGCAGAGACUAAAACGGCAUCCAAAAAUACGGCUGUUACCGCCGGGUCAAGUACUGGAGAGGAGCCUGUGGUCAAUGCUGGUGACAGCGGCAGCGGAAGGGGAAAAGGGAAAAAAUCACUCAAAGCCUCUUCUGAUUCCGAAGGAUGGAAUUGGUCUGCGCAAAAAAUUAUAACAUUAGAAUUAAUAUCUUCAGUUUUGGACCUAAGGAUCAAUAGAAUAUGGACUUCUACUCAUGAGAGGGAUACAUUUGUUAGUGUGUUUACGAAAUCAGCAUACCAAAUGCUAGAAAAUACUGCAAACACUAAGAUCGCAAAACUUAAGUUUUGUGUAUACAAGAUUUUAUCGAAAUGCGUAAAGGAUUAUAAUCAUGCAUUUGGCGCACAAACAACCAUCAUUCAAAAUUUACAGUAUUAUGAACAUCUUUCCGAACCAAUGGCCGAGUUCCUGGAGGUGCUGGCAAAUCAAUUUGAUCAUACACAAUUGGCCGAAGAAAUUCUAAUUGAAAUAAGCAACAAAGAAUUUAAAGGACAAGACACAACCAUUCCAAAAUCGUAUUCCAAAUUCUUAUUUAAAUUUUCCGAGUUGGUUCCAAAAUUAGUGUUAAAACAUAUCGGGCUUCUGAUCAAGCAUUUGGAUAGUGAGUCGCACACGAUGCGAUGUGGAUUCAUUGAAGUCAUUGGUUGUCUUAUUUCACAUAUCGCAAAUCAGGAGGAACAGACCGAAGUUUCAAAAAAUCAGGUUAAUGGUUUCUUUGAUGUUCUUGAAGAACGGUUUCUUGACAACAAUUCUUAUUGCCGUUCAAAAAUUUUACAAGUUUGUCUUAAAUUAUGCGACCUAAAAGUCAAGUUCCCGAAACGUCGACAAAGACUCACUGAUUUAGUUAUCAGAUCUUUGGAAGACAAAACUCCGACAGUACGAAAAAAUGCAAUCAAAUUGCUUACCAAACUAAUCACAACUCAUCCAUAUGGAAUGAUGCAUGGUGGUGAAUUAUCGGUUAAUGAAUGGGAAGAAAGAUUGCGCAAAGCUGAUGAAGAAUUGAAGGCAGUACAACCACCGACAGAAUUACAAGGAGUCGAAGAAGAAAAUCAACCAGUAAUCGAUGACGAAGAAAAUAAAGAAAACAUAGAAACUAAUACUUCGCUACUGUCGAUUGACCGAGACAAUCAUCAAAGUUCAAAUGGAAAUGAAGACGAGCUCAGAGUGACCAAUGACGCUUUCACAAAAUUACAACUGACCAAGCGAUUUUACGCGGAUGCUGUACGAUUUAUUCAUCAAAUCCACACUGCUAUCCCGACAUUAUGUGUAUUACUGGCUUCAACUAAUAAGGCCGAAGUGCUAGAAGCAAUAGAAUUUUUUGUCGCAGCCCAUACUUAUAAAAUUGAAAAGGCCAACGAAGGAAUAAAAAAGAUGGUGCAUCUUAUUUGGACCAAAGAUAAUAGUGACGAAGGGAAAGGUGUCAGGAAGCGCCUAAUCGAUUCGUAUCGGACACUCUACCUUUCACCGGACGACUCACUGACAGAAAAUGAAAACGUUGAUGUGAUAACCAAAAAUUUAAUAAGUCUCACUUUUAACGCGACUUUGGCCGAAUUAACCUCCCUUGAUUUACUAUUGAGUACAAUGAUGGCUGAGGCAGAUGGAUGCAUUUCAGACAAUAUAAUUGAGAAAUUAUGGUCUGUGUAUGCUACUACACGUAAUAUAUCCAAAGUUCAACGUCGAGGAGCAAUAAUUGUGUUGGGCAUGCUUGCAAAAGCUAAAACUGAAAUCAUUUCCGAAAAGACGGAUUUUCUUCUUAAAAUUGGUCUUGGACCUUUAGGCAAAGCUGAUUUGGCCUUGGCGAGAUAUACUUGUAUUGCAUUACAAUGUCUUGCUGGAACUUAUUUUUCAAAUGUAGGCUCAUUAAAUAAUGAUUCGAUUCGUUUCCCUAUGACUCAUUCGAUUUUUCAACGUCUUCAAGAAAUUAUCGAAUUUCCCACAAAAUCCCACGAAUGGUUUGCUGUUGCUGAGCAGGCAAUCAACACAAUCUAUCUUCUUGGUGAGCAUCCCGAUAUACUGUGUGGCGAUAUUAUUAAGAAAAGAACAGCCUUGGUAUUCGAUAUUAAACCACCAUCCACCGAAGAAUCCAGUAUAAAUCAGGAAGAUGAAAGUAUUCUCGGAUCUCAAGAAACAUUUACGACAUAUCCAAUUCAUUUGAGUCAACUUUUAUUUAUUGUUGGUCAUGUGGCAAUUAAACAAAUCGUACACCUUGAAGUUAUUGAAGCUGAAUGGAAACGUAGGAAAGCCGAUGGCGACUCAAAGGACAAAGCUAAAGCUGUGGCCAAGACAGUCGGAGAAGAUGAAUUAGAUCAAAUCGCCGGCACAACUGAAGAUGAAUUCGGUGAAGCGAUUUCUCAUAUCCGUGAAAAAGAACUAUUGUUUGGCUCGAAUUCAUUAUUACCUGUUUUCGGAUCUAUGGCUACACAUAUAUGCUCAAAUAAUAAAUCUUAUAAAGAUCCAACUUUGCAAAUCGCAGCUACCUUGGCCCUUUCCAAAUUCAUGUGUGUCAGUUCGGAAUUUUGCGAAAACAAUUUACAGUUAUUGUUAACUAUUUUAGAACGCGCCACUGAGCCGAUCAUUCGAAGCAACAUUAUCAUUGCUCUCGGUGAUAUGACCGUUUGCUUCAAUAAUGUUAUUGAUGAAAAUAUCAAUUACCUAUACAAGCGUCUCGCUGACCCAGAUAUCAUGGUGAAAAAGAACACAUUGAUGGUGUUAACUCACUUGAUUUUGAACGGAAUGAUUAAAGUCAAAGGACAGUUAGGAGAGAUGGCCAAAUGCUUGGAAGAUAAAGAUGAAAGAAUCAGUGAUCUCGCAAGGUUGUUCUUUACUGAGCUUGCCUCAAAAGACAAUGCCGUCUACAAUAAUCUGCCAGAUAUAAUAAGUAAUUUGUCAUCUGGUGAGAAUGCAGUCAAUGAAGAUUCAUUCAAGGAAAUUAUGAAGUUCCUUUUCGAAUUUAUUGAAAAGGACAAACAAACCGAAAAUGUGGUGGAAAAACUUUGUCAACGGUUUAAGAAUUUAGAUGAUAAACGACAAUGGCGAGACAUUGCCUUUUGUCUCUCCUUGUUAUCCUACAAGAGCGAAAAAAGCUUUAAAAAAUUGGUUGAAGGAAUUCCAAACUAUCAAGAUAAAUUACACGAAGAAGCUGUGUAUAAGCAUUUUAUGGAGAUUAUAUCUAAGGCGAAUUCUCAAAAACCGCAAAAGCCUGAAUUGAAGCAAAUCGUAGAUGAAUUCGAAAACCGAAUCACGGAGCUAAAAUCCCGUGUUGAAGAACAAGAGGAAACUAUGAAAAAAGCGAAAGCAGUCGCAAAAAUGACAGCAAAAACAGUAACAACGAAACCAGUGGCUUCAUCAUCAUCUGUUCAUCUGGAAUCCAUUUAUGAAAAUAAUGAAAGGGCUGCUGCAACUUCUUCCUCAGAUAUUAGUCAUCAAUCCGUUGCUGUUGCAUCAUCGUGCUCCUCCCCUUCCUCUUCUGUCCCUCUAAAAAGCCGGUACAAAGAAAGCGAACUUAGAAGAUCGACACGAAUAUCAAGUACAAAUGUCAAAAAGUCGAGCUCUGUUCAUAUUGCCACUACAUCUACCUCUGCCAACAAAAUUUCCUCCAAUACUGCAACAAAAUUAACAUCCUUAGAAAAAAAUACAAGGAGAAAAUCUGCGUCAACUACACCUUCACCUCCCAUCACCACCUCAUCUACUCGAUCAUCCAUUUCAUCGAUUAGCUCAGCAGAAGAUAUUAUUUCUUCCCGUUCAGCUCGUAAUAUAAGUUCUUUUGAAUCUAAUCGCUCAUCUAUUUCAUCGAUUAGUUCAGAAGAUAUUUCUUCCCGUUCAGUUCGUAAUAGAAGGAUUUCAAGUUCUUCUGAAUCUAGUCGAUCAUCUAUUUCAGCAGAAAAUAUUAUUUCUUCCCGUUCAGUUCGUAAUAGAAGGAUUUCAAGUUCUUCUGAAUCUAAUCCCUUAUAA